CCUUUCAGAGCUUCCCAAGCUAAGGAAGUCAGGGACAAAGCAUAGUUAAGUAUGUUUAGUGUACUCAAGACUAAACAUUCAGUCCUAUUGGUAUAGAAAGUGAGAGGCUGGGGCUGCCACACCCAUGUUAAAGACUUCAAUCGCAUGAGAGCCACACCGAACCCAGAGGACUUUAUCUGAGCACUUGUGUCUGUUACACGCAGUGUAACGUUAGUGGAGUCCAGAGAAAUUCAUCACACACACAGCAGGAUGUAUGAACGCGCACUGUUCGCUCUCUGCCUGCUUACUUUGGUGCUGUUUCAAAGCGCUGCGUCUUGUGAGUUGAGGCCUGUGCUUGCUCAGGUUCCUAAGAGGCUGCCCGCCGGUUAUGUCAUCCCCGAAAGCAAGGAAGGAUUGAGUCUCAAAGGCUGUGCGGCCAAACCUGUGGCCUAUACUUCCAGUGACCCUGACUUCACUGUGAAUACAGAUGGAGCCAUUAUCACAGUUCAUGGUUUGGAGAUUACGACAAAGCAGUUUUCUGUACUGGUGCAGGAUGAGAAUGGAAUGGAUUGGAGGGUGGACAUAAUCCUGUCCUGUAAAGAUGAGGCAUCUCAGAAGUCUAGCAGUGUGGCUCUCAAGCGCACUAAGAGAAGAUGGAGACCGUUGCCUUUCAAUUUAGUUGAGAAUGACAAGCCUCCAUUCCCAAAGGAUCUGGAGACGAUUGCAUCUGAUUCUUCAGUAAAUUACACAGUGUAUUAUGUAAUCAGUGGGCAGGGUGUUACUACAGAUCCUGUAGGCCUUUUCACCUUAAACAGGAACACCGGCUUGCUGAAGGUGACCAGGACCGUCGACCGUGAGCAGUACCCACAAUUCAAUUUUAUCGCUCGUGUGUUUGACAUGAGUGGCAGGGAAACAGAUGAAUAUCUGCCCAUCACUGUGAUAGUGCAGGAUCAGAACGAUAACGCCCCUGAGUUCAUAGGAGGUCGAUUCUUCACUGUAGAAGAACGGUGCAGGGCAGGUACUGUAAUAGGAAAAGUGAAUGCCACAGAUAAAGAUGAGCCAAACACCCCCCACACCUUGAUCAAGUUUACUCUGCACAACGCUACUGACAUGUUCUCCAUCGAUUCUUUUACCGGAGUAAUAACUUCUAAAACUAACACCUUAGACAGAGAGACCCAGGACAAAGUCUACGUUGAGAUAGAGAUCAGAGAUAUGGGCGGUGCUCCUAGUGGGCUCUUCAGCAGAGGAACAUUUGUGAUUACUCUCACAGAUGUUAAUGACAACCCUCCUACCUUUAAAGAGAAGUUGUACAAGGCCAGCGUUCAAGAGAACCAAGAAAAUGUGCUAGUUACUAGGAUACCGGUGGAAGAUAAGGACUUGGUGAACACCCCCAACUGGAAGGCCCUGUUUGAGGUCACAAAAGGAAAUGAAAGUGGGAACUUCAGGAUGGAGACAGACCCCAAAACCAACGAGGGGCUUCUGUAUGUGAUAAAGGGUUUGGAUUAUGAAAAAACUCCACUGGUGAAGCUGGAAAUAACUGCUCGUAAUGAGGUUCCACUGGUUGGGCCUGAAAAUAAAUGGCUGUCUGUGCCACUCGAGCUCAGUGUGGGAGAUGUAGAUGAAGGACCAGAGUUCAACCCUGACACUCUAUUUCUCAAAGUCAAGGAGAAUGUUGCCAACGGAACCGUCAUUGGAACCUAUAAAGCUCUGGAUCCAGAAAAGAAGAACAGUGACGGAAUAAAGUACUAUAAGAUGACUGACCCAGGCAACUGGAUCACUGUGGUGGAGAACACUGGAGAACUGAAAACAGCCAAUACUUUAGAUCGAGAAUCACCUUUGGUCCGGAAUGAUAUGUACAACAUAACCAUCAGAGCUGUGGAUGAGAGUAAGAAGACAGGAACAGGGACAGUUAUAAUCAAGAUACAAGAUGUUAAUGACAACAUCCCUAUGAUUACGAAUCCAGAACCGAUCUUGUGUAAUAAGGGUGAUACGCUGAGCUCUGUUUUGGUUGAAGCCAUGGACCUGGACAGGCCACCUUACUCUAUUCCCUUCAUUUUCGAACUUGGAGCAGAUCAUGAUGGGAGCUGGAAAUUGAAGGAUACUACAGAUUCUUCUGUGGUGCUGGAACAGACUAUGCCAAUGCCCAACGGUCUCUACAGCGUUCCUCUCUUGGUGAAGGAUCUGCAGGGAUUCGGGAAAGAGCAGACUGUGAAUGUGCGAGUGUGCACUUGUGAGAGGGAGGAUAACGGAGGAACAUGUGGGGCUCGGAGCGCCUCUUCUUCUUUGGGCAGUUUGGGAAUCCUUGCCUUAGUUCUCUCUGGCCUGCUGCUGCUACUUUUAAGUCUGUUGCUCAUCUUCAUAUGCAGCACUAAGAGAGACAAGCUUUACAUCAACGAUGACACAGGAACAGGUGGAAUGCUGCUGAAAUCCAACACUGAGGCUCCUGGUGAAGAAGUGAAAGAAGGUGCUUUGAUGAUAAUUCCUGGGAUAGGGCUAGAUGUAGUGGACGGGUCACUGCAGAGCGGCCUCAUGGAAAGUAAGAACGUGACUACAGCUUCAGGGCGCUACGGGCAGUCGUUUUUCCAGGGAGGAGGCGUGUACAACACCACCACUCAAGAGUUUGGGACAGAGAAGUACUACUCAUCUGGACGCUAUGAUAACAACUUAUACGGCAAUGCCACGAUGCAGAAACUCACCAAUGCGAGUGCUCUGGACACAUGGAAAACCAACGGACGCUACUUGGACAGGAAACUGGCUUACUUCGGAGACGAGGAGGAGGGGAGGUAUGCGGAUGACCUGCUGAAGACUUAUGGGCAUGAGGGGAUGGGAUCUCCUGCAGGCUCUGUAGGAUGUUGUAGCAUCGUGGGCGAACAGGAAUCGUUGGAAUUUUUGAACACUCUCAGCCCUAAAUUCAGACCACUGGCGGACGUCUGCUACACCACAAAUCGAACCGGAAACUAAAUGCUGAAUGCUGUUUGCCAGAGGCCUUCAAUGCAGAAAAUCAUGUUCCUAAUCAGUAUUUUUGCCUCGUGUUCUAGUUAAAAUAUCAAAAUGUCCUUAAAAUUAAGCAAGUCUAUUUUAUGAUUGUUUCAAUGUAAGUCUCACUAAAUAUUAUAUAAUCAUGUUUCACAAUAACCUUAAGAUCCAUGAUACAUAUUCUCUAAAAUGAGUCUUAGCAUCUCAGUUUUGCUUCUUAUGUAAAUUUACCAAGGACAUUUUGAGGAUAUUAAGCUAUUUUUACUGGAAAAACGAGACAGAAAUGCUGAUUUAGAAAACUAUUUUAGCAGUACGUGCCUUUCUGAUGGAUUAAUCAAGUGCCUGCGUUUGUUUGUGUCUGUUAACUUUUGUAAGUUGAGUUUUUAAGUGUUUGAACGAUGCAAAUAAGCUUUUCUGUGAUUGUUUUGCUUUGCUUUGCAAACCUCUUCCUCACAGAGCUGAGGAAGGACAGUUUCAAUAUAAGUAUACAGAAGAGACAUUAUUUCCUCCCCGAUCGAUUGUAAUUCUCAGCCGUGUGAAGUAUUAACUGAGUCUAUAUUUACCAGACCAUGAUGAAGUGUGCUCAUAAACAUUUUUUUUUGAGGGCGUGUGGAAUUUAGAGCGCUCUUCAGCUCCAAAAGCACUUACACAUGACAUCAACUCUGGACAUUGAACUCAUCCUUAGGCCAUGAUGUAUUACUGAGAUUUUGUGUUAUUUUCUUACAACAUUUAACAGUAUAGUUGCUGAAGGGAUUUUUCAUUUCAGUUGAAAGAAACCAAAUAUUUUGUAUGUAAGUCACUUUAUGCUUUAAAUGAAGAUAGAGGUGAAAGGGUGAAAGAACAGGUAAAUUUGGGGAAAAAUAUGUUUUGAUAUUAGUUUUGGUCUGACAGCACAUUUUUGUUUAGGUUUUUUUUUUGUAUUUUUGGUAAAUAUUACCAAAAUAGAUGUUUAGAGGAUUGUUCUGAUUUUACACUUAAAGGGAUGCUCUUUGUAAAUAUUUGAAUAAAAGUGAUUACAGACCCUA